GAGGACGUCCCCCCCCCCUAUCCCCAGGCGAUCCUGAAGUCAACAAAGUAGCAGAGGAGAGACCUGAGGUCAGAGGAUCUGGAUUUUGGGGAUCAAGUUUCCGACACUCGCUUCUCCCGCAAAGUCGGGAGCAACCGCCGUCGAAGCGGAAUGUACGGAUCCAUCGAUCUGGGUGUGUCUGCGCGGAGCGUGCUGGCGUUGUGCGUGGUCCUGGCGUCGACCUCGGCGCAGACGUACCGCUGGGGGGCCUGCCCCACCCCCAAGGUGCAGCCCAACUUCAACCUCCAGCAGUACUUGGGCAAGUGGUACGAGAUCGCCAAGCUGCCCGCCAGCUUCGAGAGGGGCAAGUGCAUCGAGGCCAACUACGCCAUCAGACCAGACGGAACCAUCCGGGUGUUGAACUCGCAGUUCUAUAAAGACAAAGUGAGGACGGCGGAAGGGACGGCGGUGGUGCAGGACCUGAGAGAACCGGCCCGUAUCGGAGUCAGCUUCUCUUACUUCACCCCCUACAGUCCGUACUGGAUCCUGAGCACGGACUACAGCAGCGUGGCCGUGGUCUACUCGUGCACCGACAUCCUGCGCAUAUUCCACGUGGAGUUCGCUUGGAUCCUGGGCCGCUCGCGUUUCCUGCCGGACGAGACGCUGCGCUACGCUCAGGACUUGCUGCUGCGCGAGGGCGUGGACCUCUUUCGCAUGACCGCCACCGACCAGACGGGCUGCGGCGACAACUAGCGAGAC